AUUUGUAUUUUUGUUUUUGGUUCGUUUCGCGUUGUCGCUCUUCUGCCGAAGUUUUACAGUUAGUUUCGAACAACGCCAGCAAAAUGGCGACGUCAAAUGGAUUUAAACUGUUCAAAACAGUUGAUCCGACCACAGUCAAUGUACCGAUCAAAGAAAAAUUCGCUAAACUAACACUCUCCUCAAGCAAGAAAAAACAGCUUUCAAAAAAGGAACAGGAACCGAAGACUCAAUCGGAAGCGGAGGCCCUCAAAAGCCACAACGUGAGCCGCCAACUGUUGGGCGAGUUAAAUGAUCUCAAUAACCAAACGACUGCUAAGCCCUACGAGCAUCCACUGUUGCGAAGCGACUCCUCAUCGUCCAACGCCAUGGGACAGGAGCACACGCCCCAGGCCCUGCAGGAUGCGAGCUCAGAGCCCGAUGUCUCCGACUAUAUGGAAGCACUGCAGCUAAGCGGUGACGGUUGCACACAACGUUCACUCGUCCUAGAUGUGGAGGCUUUAUCCACGCAGGUGUCUAACUUGACAAUGCAGCCGGAAAAAAAGCUGCCGCAGGAGGUGUCCAUUUGCAUAUCAUCAACAACCGAAGAGGGCGACGAUGAUGAUAGCGAAUCCUGCAUCACCAUAUCAGAUACCAGUGACAGCGUGCAUGCUCAGCAGCUGGAGCAGGCGAGACAGCCACCGGCUGAAGAACAGCCGCAGGAGACAAGCAUGACAGUAAGCGGGCAGCUGUUACCAACAGCAGCAGAGUUACUGCCAGAUCCGCUGUCCAAUGACAAAGUAAAGCUCAUUGAGGCUUUUCUGCGUGAUGUAUCCUUCGAGCGCCGUAAGAGGAUUCGGCGAGGACAAGCAGACAUGUCAGCCGAGCACACGCGCCUGGCUAGUGCGGACACGGAAUCGAUGAGCCAAUUAGACAUAGACUUAACACAAUUGCCGUCGUGCUUAACCACACCCACUUCCACGCCGAAAGCGCAACUGGACAGCAGCAAACGCUUGGCGGAUAAUGACACGGAGAUAAACACGUUGUGCUCCGAGGAACGUUUCGAACUAGACAACAGCAAACGUCUAGCUUCGAAUGACACAGAGGUAAACACACCCGACCAAGAGGUGCCGCUGUCUGAGCGAUCGGGUCAACAGUCCACGCUGAACGAGGUGCAUCUGGAUGAAACCAUUCCGGAGACCAGCAGCGAGGUAGAGCAGUCACCGCCAAGACCUCGCUCAUCCUCAUCGGCCGAGGAAGUGGCGAGCAUACCUGCCAUACAAGUGAGCAGUAUUAAUAUAUCGGCAAAGAUCAACAUUAAAAUACACAUACCUAACAUGGACUCGAGCUCAGCCGAAUCUGAGCAUUCAGAGCAAAGCUAUGUGCAAGCCGCGCCAUCAUUAGAGGCACGCGCAGAGCCACAACAACAGGAUCGAGUGGAGCAGCAGCAGCUGCAGCAGGAAUGUGAGCAGCAACAGGAACAGGAGCGCUCCGUGCUAAGCGGUGACGCUUCAGAGGAUGAGCAAUUUCUGACACAAGCCGAAAAGCUGCUGAACCAAUUAUACGGCAAGUCUUGGCAAACGCCGGAUGUUAUACGCACGCUCAAACGCUCCAGCGGCAGCGGUGGAAAAGGUGCACUUGCGCGUACACCAGCGCCAGCGGCUGCGAUAGACCGCACUCCACUUACCGAGAUAAGGCGGCAGCCCAAGGCUCAACGCGCCGCAGCCACAGCAGUGAAGAAAGCAGCGCCUAACGAGAGCGCACUGGGCGACUUUAGCAUAUUCAAGCGUGCGCUCCACUCCACCAAAUUGAAUUCGACCCACUUGCCAAAAUCUGCCUGCAGUGAGAAGCGACCGAAUGGACAGCGCACACGCACCAAACACGUGCACGAGGAGCGCUGGCGCGCCCUUGUCGAUACGGACAGCGGCACCGAUGCCUCCGAUGACGACGAUGCGGAUGCAACGGGCAGCAGUGAUCCUGAUGAUGCCGCUGACGGUCAUGUCACCUACUUGGACCUUACAAAGGCCGAGGUGGAGGUGGUCAGCGAUCCCGAUGAGCAAAUCGAAUCGCCGAAAUUUCCAAAACGGCUUGACGACAUUUUGCGGACCUGCCGCGCCAGCGAUAAGCCUAAAUUGCUUGCCACGCCGACGUCGCAGUCGCCGUCGACGCCGGCGUUGGCAAACCCGACACGAAGGCAGCUAUUUACACCAAAUACGGGCUAUGAGGACAUUAGCUCAGCCAAACGGAUUGUGGAUCAAGCACUCGAUUUGGACUGUUUAGAUCAGUUGGAGAACGUCUAUUUGCCGGGCUCAACAGUGCACAAGCGUGUGCAAGAGGUCAAAAAGCAGCUGGGCAUUGCAGUUGAGUCGCCAAAAGCGAAACCCAUCUUCAAGUUGCCCACACCACAAACGGCGACGUCAGCAAAAUCAGCGGCACGCGCAAGGAAGGUGCAAAAUGGGGCGAGCGCGCCAAGAAAUAAUAAUACCAGCAAAUGCAGUUUUAUCAAGUCCCUGGAGCCACAGAUCACUCAAGAUCGUUGUGACAAUGAAGCAUUCUUCUAUCGCGAGAACUUCAACCGUAACAAAGAGCAGCUGGCGGGACGACUCUACGACAUGUUUAAUGAGCAGAUCUUCAACAAUGAACUGAAGGUGCCCAUCACCUGGUCGAAGCUGUUGCGCAACACGGCGGGCAGAUGCAAAAAUAAAAAGAAACUGCUGGAACGCAGCAGCGUUGUGGAGCUAAGCAUUAAGGUCCUGACAAGUGCAGAUCGAUUGCGCUGCACGCUUAUCCAUGAGCUAUGCCAUGCUGCGGCCUGGGUAUUCAACGGUGAGGGCGGACACGGUCUUGUUUGGAAGCGUUGGGCACAGCGUGCCAAUGAGAAAUUUCCAGAUCUUCCACCGAUUCGAGUUUGCCACAACUACAACAUCGAGUUCAAAUACACAUAUAAGUGUAUAAAAUGCAAUACAUCGUCUCAUGCGCAUUCUCGUUCGCGCAAGGUGGAGAACUUACGCUGCCGCAUUUGCCGUGGACCCAUUAUGCUGCUCCUGAAUAAGAAGGAUAAGUCGGGCAAUAUUGUGCCGACGCCGGUGCGUGAGGCGACGGGUUUCGCCAAAUUCGUUAAGGAUAAUUUUCAAAAGCAUAAACGUGACAAUCUCACCGCGGCGCAAGUAAUGCGCAUUCUGAGUGCAGAAUAUGCCAAGGAGAAGGGUAAAGGUCAGCUAACAAAGACGGACGAAGCGGCCGCGCAGGACUUUAUUGUUGAACGAGUGGAAACCUUGACAUUAGACAACAAUGAAUAUAACUAAGCCUCGUACAGCUAAAAUGAGUACGACAUUCUGCAUUUUAAUAUAUCGUUUUAUAUAUUUUAAUAUCUAUAUAUUUUAUAUUUGACGUUGAUUUAAUGUAAAUUACCGUUUAAAACAUUGCUUUCAAUUAAAAAACACCCAC